AUGAUGCCUUUUGCUCACGUUCUUCUCACGUUUCUCAUCGCCCCGGUCGUGAGCCUUGUCGGUUCAGUUCCUAUCUCGAGCAGGGAUGUCUUUGCCCCUCCCGUUACCUAUCCUCAUAAUGGUGUUGUAUGGUAUUGCGGCGAUCGCUACAAUGUUACUUGGGACACUUCUAAUCCUCCAGAACAAAUCACAAAUAAUGAGGGUACAAUCAUUCUGUCUCACAAUGGACGGCUGCUUCUUGAUCACUCCCUCGCCGACGGAUUCAAUAUCAUGGAUGGAAGGGUUGAAGUCGAGGUACCAAACGUCAAGGUGGGAAACAAGUAUUCAAUCGUUCUUUUGGGCGACUCUGGCAACCAGGGGGAGACAUUUAGAAUCGCCCGCCACACGUAA